CAGUGGGAGUAGAUUACAGCAUUUAGGAUAUUAAUGUGCAUCAGGUCCAUUUGCUGCUGUACAUAUGGGCAGCUCACAAUUACAUAAUGUUUUUGCUGAAAUAUUGUGGAUUCAGUCCUUCAAAUUUGUUUGUGCAUGUGUGUUUUUAAACCUCCAUACCUAUAAGAAACAACUUCAGUAGCAAAUCAGCUAUGGCCUCUCCAAACAUCUAAUAUUUAGGCCAAACAAACUCUUAUUAAAUGCAUCAUAUCGUGUAGAUUGAUCUCAAUCAUCCAAAUAGUAAAAUGUCAAAUUACAUGUAAAAACACUUCACUGAACUUAUGAUAGACCUUCCACCAUUUACCAAUUGCUUAUUGCUUAUUUAGGUCACACUACUCUGAACAAAAUGUUGCCAGUAAAUCUAGCCUAGGUAGCAUAUUACAUUUCCUUGAAAACAUAUUAGCCAAAGCAAAUUUAUAUGAACAGCUGGGGCUACAACAUCAUCAGAACUGAAGAAGCUGAUUGGAUGCAGAGUGAAACAUCUGAAGCUCUACGAUGUUCACUUAGGAUUUGUUUGGUUUACAGGUUUUCAGGGCCAGGGAACCUGGGGGCUGGGCAAAGGCGAUGUAAGGGACCUCAGGCAGACGGCCUGGAGGCAGGACCUAAGGGCAGAGCAGAUCCUGAGGACAGCGAUGAAGGCGAAACCCCUCCGGAGGCCGGAUUGGAUGCCGGCGGUGAAGACGGAAACCAUCUGGAGGCCGGCAACGUGGCUGGAGAUCAGGACCAGGGUCUAACGACUGGAGAUCUGAGCCGGAGGCCGGCAACAGGGCAGCUGGAUGUUACUACAGCUCUGGAAGUUGUUCAGGAGACUGCCUCAGCUCAGAAAGUCCAGGAGGUUGCUGUUGUUCAGGGCCUGGUGAUUCUAGCAACUCAGACACAGGCAAUUGCUGCAGCUCAGAAAGUCCAGGAGAUUCAGGAAGCUGCAGCAGCUCAGGGGAUUCAGGAGGUUGCGGCCCCACCGGACCCGGGACAGGAGACCGCUGCGGCGCAGGAACUGGAGACCACCAUGGCGCAGGAACUGGUGUUGGCCAGGCUGCCGACUGGAGACCAGGAGCCGGCCAGUCCACAGACUGGGGACCAGGCAGGACUGAUGACUGCUCUGAGGCACUUGGCAGCGGUGAGGACGAGGAGCUGGGCAGCUGAGUCUCUGAAGUGCUGGGCAGCGGGACCUCCAUGCCACAGGGCAGCAGUGAGGAUGAGCAGCUGGGCAGCGGAGAGGCACGACGUUGGUGGUGGGAGCCACGCUUCCUCCUGGAAGGCUUCCCAGAAGGUGGCUCCAGGCCCAGAACAGGCUGAAAAUUAGCAGGCUGGAGGCUGGCAGGCCGGCAGGCCGGAAACCAAGCUGACUGUGAGGACCUCCAAAAGCCAGGCAGGUACCCAGGGGUUAUAACGGGUUCGGAGCUGGGGCCAGCUCAGGACAGGUAGGUUACUGGCUAGCCAGUUCAGGACAGGCAUGUUGCAUGCACAUGAUCUGAGCCUAACAGACCGGGGUGCAGGCUGGAGGCUAGCAGGCUGAUGAACAGGCUGAGAUGCAGGCAGGUUGCUAGUGGGCUGGAUGUUAGCAGGCCAAGGUGCUGACAGAAAUGAAGGCUAGAAGCUAGCAUGCUCAGAACUAGCAUGCUGGUGGCUAACUGGCUGGGAAGCAGACUGGAAAUCAGGGGUAUUUAUAAAGUGUUUAACCCCCUCGGGUAGCGAACUCCACCGCCAAGGCCUAGAGUACACCUCCCUGCAUGCACUAGUCAGAGCCUCCUGUCUGUGCUCAUUACUGGGUGCAUUCCUCCAAGUGUCCUUGAUCUAAAUCAAAUCAAAAAGCAAGUAGUCUUAUGGAUCCAUACUGGUCAGUUUGUACUGUUGUGUUUUGCCAAGCAGGCGGAAGGAGUAGGACCCAAUUGCAGACAACGGAGGCAGAGCAGGUGCAGUUUCAUAAUUUUAAUGGAAGGAAACACGUUUACACUGAAACUGGCAGGAAAAAGUCACUCACAGCAGCGUCCAUGUUGUUUCCACAGUACUACUUAAAGGUCAUGAACGUAAAGAAGUGGGAAGAACGAUUUCCCAAUUCCGGACGGAAAUGGGGCCAUCCGCGGAACAAGUGACUGCACCAAAAGAUUGGAAACAGGAACGUGGAGUGUGCACUUGGCCGGUGUUCAGCGGGCAGCUCACAGGAUUAUGAUGACUGUUGCUGCUGCAUCUGUGUUUUGGGACAUUUGCUGCUGCAUCUGUGUUUUGGGACAUGAGCGAAGAAUAAAAACCCAAGAGAGAGAGAUAGAGAGGAGAUUGAGAGAAAGGAAGAAAAUAUCUGUGGAGGAAGAUCAACUUACUGAGAGACACUGAAGGGGAACAAAGACAGGCGUCAAAUGGGCCAACUCUGGAGAGAAAGAAGAGACAAACAAAAGAGGAAGAGGACAGAAGGGCUGUGUGUUUGUGCUGGAUUAUUUCUGUGGCGUAGCGUCUGUGUGCUCCAGCUGUGGACAGUGGAUUAUGCAAAAAUUCAUGAGGAUGCCUGUCUGUCAGUCUCAGUCAGCCUUUUCUGUGUCUUUCUGCAGUGGAGGACUGCAAACUUCUAUGUGAAGCGGAAAACACAUCAGUGACUGCCUGUGACAGCACUCACAGCAUCAACCUGCUGGGGCACCCUGCAGAGACUGACAGACCUGUGGAGGUGCUCUGAGUCUGCACUAGCCAGGAGAAGACAGACACACUGCAGCAACAGUCAGCAGGCUGGGACUUGGCAGCGAUCAUGUUGUUACACCCUUCCUGCUCCCUGUGAAGCUCUAAUCCACUGCUCUGUCCUUCACCAUGACAAUCCUACACACAUGGCGCGGCCUCACAGUCAGUAAUAACACAUACACACAUGUAUGCACACCAGCAAAUUACUGCUCAACUGGCACAGAGGGGGACGGGUUUAUCACUGACUGAGUGAAAAACGCAAUCACAGCAGCUCAACACAUCCGUAUGCUGCCACAAUCGCUUUUGUCAUUAUGUAUAUCACCAUCCCCCUUUUUAUUACACAGCCACAACUCUGAUGCCAGCUGUAUGUUUGGCCUCAGCUGCACCUGUUACAAUGAGGCAAGAGUUUGUCCAUUCAUUCAAACACACACACACACACACACACAACACUAUAAGAUGUGGGGAUGCCAUCUGCAGGGGCGGCCACAUCUUAGUGUGAUCACACCAGUGCAUCUGCUGAAACCAGGCGAGUUUACUUUGACACUGUGUAGGACUGACAAAAUGGUCUGGUUUGACUUCUGCACUGAUCAGGAGUAAAGUUGUGUAGUUUCAGAGAUGAAAUCAUUUGGAUAUGAAGAUGAGAGGAGUUUGAUGCUCUUAAACUGUCACGGUUUGAAUCGAAAACAAACGAGUGAAAACAGCAAGAAAAUGAAUGAACCUAUAGCCUGCAAUAUCAUCAGGCAACCUUUAUAAAGGGUUUAUAAGUUGUAACUAAAGGCUUUAGUAAUAGUUAAUAAAUCAUGAUGCUUUAUAGAUCAGUUGUAAGCAUUAAUAAGAAUUCUUGGGUUGCAAGAGGUUGUGAAACAGCUUGCUAACAUUUGUACCUGCAGACAUGACAAUCAUCCAAACGAAUUUUCACAACCUGGCAACCCAAAAGAUGUUCUUAUUCAUGGCUUAUAAUAUAUCUCUAAAACAACAGUGUAUGAUUUAUUUUUCAAUGUUAACUUGUACUUAAAUGAAAAUGAUGAUGAUAAUGAUGAUGAUAAGUCUUUAAAUGAACACUUGUAUAUUGUUAAUAUAUGAGUAUUUAAAUAUACUACCACUGUAUAUUCAUAUAAAUAUAAAAUAAUUAACCACAAUCAAAGCUUAAAACUAAAAACAACAAGUUUAAACUGCCAUGCCCAUAUACAAUACAGGAUACAGAAGGUCAUGAACACUGAUGUAGCUGGUAAAUAUAAAAGGUGAUUAGGUGAUUAAGUAUUAUGCUAUGAUUUCUACUUUGAACUGACCUAUUUUUUGUCAGACUGAGUUUAGGUGGGUUUACUCUCUACUGUACACUGAAUGUACAACUUAUUAGAUACGUGUUCCUGAUACUGAAUUGUCAAAUGCUUUUGCACAAUCUUACUAGUCGACUACUUUUCGACCUCUUCGCUGUCUGUAUCUCCUUUGUGAUUGGUAUAGAUUUUAAUACAGAGAAAUCAAUCAUGUCUCUCACCUGGGUUCACAUCACCAGUGUCACAUCACUGUUAUUGAACAGGUGCCGAGAAAAGCAGAG